AGUCCCUUGAACACAGACGAUUACUUACAACGAGCCACGACUUGAGCGUCAUUUAAUGAGACAUUUAAGCAAAAUGCAAAUAUUCUUUCACUGGAACACGAUCACCGUGGAGCUGACAAAGAGGACACCUGUCGAUCUUCUCAAAGCGAAGUUUACUCAAAUGUUCAAUGAAAACUGAAAUUCAUUGUGCCGUUUUCUCAGUUUACAUUUAACUUUUACUCAUAAUCCAUUUACACAUUUUUGACCCUCGAUUCGGGAUAUUAUUAUUCAUCAUGUGGAAAUUAAUGGCCUGCGUUCUCAUGGCUUCUACAGUACAGGCGCGUAAUCUACGGAAGAGACAGAAUGUAUGUUCAGUGUGCGACUUGUCCCGUUGCCUGUCCGCUCUAGAGUCUUGUUAUUUCGGCGUGGUGAAGGACAGCUGUAACUGCUGCACGUUGUGUGCGGCGGGAGAGGGGGAGUUUUGCGGGAAGCGUGAACAUGGAGUUUGCGGUCAGGGGAUGACCUGUGAAUAUCCACCGGAAAGGCGCGCGUCCGAGGGCGGCACAUGCGUCUGCGACUCAAAUGAACCAGUAUGCGGCAGCGAUGGAAGAACAUAUCCCAGUAUCUGUCGACUGAGAGCUGAAAACAGGCGGGCUGAGCUGAGCGGCAUACCUGCUGUCAUUUUCAUCCAGAGAGGCCCCUGCGAGACCGGUUCUCGAAAUCCAAACAGCAUGCGCUACAAAUUUAACUUCAUAGCAGAUGUGGUGGAUAAAAUCGCCCCUGCAGUGGUCCAUCUAGAACUGUUCAGAAGACUACCAUAUUCCAACCAAGAAGUCCCUGUUUCCAGUGGUUCAGGGUUCAUCGUGUCAGAGGAUGGGUGGAUUGUUACUAAUGCACAUGUACUGUCCAAUAAGCAACGUACCAAAGUAGAGCUCAACAAUGGUGUGCUCCAUGAUGCCACAGUCAAAGAUGUGGAUCAAAAAUUAGACAUCGCUCUCAUUAAGAUUGACUCAGAGACUCCGCUGCCCGUGCUUUUGCUCGGCCGUUCAUCAGACCUGAGGCCAGGGGAGUUUGUUGUGGCCGUGGGAAGCCCAUUUUCCCUUCAAAACACAGUAACAACUGGUAUCAUCAGCACUACCCACCGUGGAGGUCAUGAGCUUGGCCUACAGAACUCUGAUAUGGAUUACAUCCAAACGGAUGCAAUUAUUAACUAUGGCAACUCAGGAGGACCUCUUGUGAACUUGGAUGGUGAUGUCAUCGGCAUAAACACUUUGAAGGUUACACCAGGAAUAUCAUUUGCCAUUCCCUCAGACCGCAUACGCCAGUUUCUUGCAGACUCCUAUGACAGACAAAGGAAAGGAAGAACACUGACUAAAAAGAGAUAUAUGGGAGUGCGAAUGCUUCAACUUUCAGCUGCUUUGAUUAGGGAGCUCAGGGAGAAAGAAAGCAACUUCCCAGAUGUGAGCUCAGGGGUGUACGUUUAUGAGGUUAUUCCAGGGACAGCUGCCUACAGUGCUGGCCUGAUCAAGCACGAUGUGAUUAUAAGCAUUAAUGGACAACCAGUGCAUUCUACAGAUGAUGUGAGUCAGGCUGUGCAGUCGGGCGAAAAUCUCUCUUUGUUGGUGCGGCGUGUAAAUGAAGAAAUCAUACUUAUGGUGGUUCCUGACGAAGUGGACUGAUAAGCUUUAGUCACUGUCUGCAUACCUCUAAACAAUGCAGUAUCCAUAAGCAUGCAUUAAUUGAAAAGGGCAUUCUCUUAUUAAAAUCGAAGCAUUGUGUCAUUGCCCACUGAUUGUAUUGUGUUUUGAUACAAAUAAACAGGUGAAAAGCAUA